AUGCCUUUAGCCACCAUCAGAAAACAUCUGGCGCGAGGUAAUCAGUUGUUGUCAGAAAAAUUAGGAGGAGCAAAGGGUACAGACAAAGGAGCAGAAUAUAGACAUCUUACGCAGCUUAUUGAUUCAUAUAAAGGGUAUUUUGAGAGUGCUCAAAGACGGGUUGUUGAUUGCUUAGAACCCAAUCCAAAUGCACGCAAACGAGCAUGGGCUAGUUCGACUGUAAACAAAAUUCAAGGAUCUUCGGGUGGCGAAUCGUAUCCUCAUGCAGAGAAGGCUCUGUCUGAUUGUUUUUCGGAAUACGGCAGACAGUUAGGUCCACAGCAUAAUUUCAGCCUUGCACUUCUUCGAUGUGGAGAAGCAUAUAGUCGAAUUGUGGAGUCGAAAGAACAAUCGUUAGAUGAAACAAAAUCUGGUUACUUGAAACCGCUCUCAGAAACCUUGAAUCAGGAUAUCAGAGAAAUAACAUUGCUUCGAAAGAAAGCUGAAAGCAAACGGCUAACUUAUGAUCAUAAGAAACAUGUCUUGGAAAAAACCAACGCUCAACCGGAUGAUGCAUUUGAAGAGGCUAAAGGUCAAUUUGAAGAAGCCUUAACAAUUAGUUCAAAAGCAAUGUCAAAUUUCUUGGAUGGUGAAGUCGAACAAAUUGAAGCAUUAUCAAAUUUCGUUUCUGCUCAGUUAAGCUUUUAUCAAGAUGCUGCACGGAUAUUAUCUGAUCUGCGUGGGGAAUUGCAAAUAAGAUUAUCUGAUGCACGUGAUCAGGCAAGACGGCAUACUCCAUAUCCAGUUGGUCCAAAAACAAGUUUUCCUGAUCUCCCACCAUUUGAUCCAACUCCUUCACAAAACUUUUCAGUAAAACCAAAAUUUGACAACCCACCACCAAAACAAACACCUGCAUGUAUUGCACUUUAUGAUUUUGAUGCUGAAAGUCCUUUUGAAUUAUCAUUUCGUGAAGGUGAUAUGCUCAAGUUAAUUGAACAGGUUGAUGAAAAUUGGUACCUAGGUGAAUUGAAUGGCCAAGAAGGUCAUUUCCCAACGAAUUAUGUUCGUGUUCUACACCCAUUGCCUUAA